AGGGUGCCCUACCUAAUUCUAGCAGCUACAGCAUUAAAAAAAACUGAUUCAAAAUAGAAAAUUUUGAUAUUUUGGUCACACUAGGGAUUUUUGGAAAAUUAGUUUUAGAUAAUUAGGUAGUGUAUCUACCAUUUGCGUUUUAUCCAUUAAUUACGGGACCAUCUGUAUAUCAACCGUGAGCCGUGAUAGCCCAGUGGAUAUGACCUCUGCCUCCGAUUCCGGAGGGCGUGGGUUCGAAUCCGGUCCGGGGCAUGCACCUCCAACUUUUCAGUUGUGUGCAUUUUAUAUCACGUGUCUCAAUCGGUGAAGGAAAACAUCUUGAGGAAACCUGCAUACCAGAGAAUUAUCUUAAUUCUCUGCGUAUGUGAUGUCUGCCAAUCCGCAUUGGGCCAGCGUGGUGGACUAUUGGCCUAACCCCUCUCAUUCUGAGAGGAGACUCGAGCUCAGCAGUGAGCCGAAUAUGGGUUGAUGAUGACUGUAUAUCAACAUUAAAAAAUAUUUUUACAUUUUUUCAAUAAAUUCUAGAAGUUAAGAUAUUUUACAAGGCCAUGCAGCGCUAGCUAGCGGCUAACCUGAAUUUGCUAGUUUACCCACUGUAAAAUAAUCAAACCGUGUUCAAUUGCCCAACAUAUUUCACCACAGUGGUCAAAAUAACACAACCCUGCCACAACAAAUUAAUAUAAAAAUGGUACCACAUCGGAACUAGGCAUAAAUCAACCGGACGUACUAUAAGGUGGUAGCAACCAUGAGGGGUCUUAUCUCUUUGGGAGUAUUGAUCACGCUAUGCGCCGUAGUGGCAGCCAGCCAUCAUCACCACGACGGUGGUGGUCACGAGCACCACGGUGGUCAUCAUCAUGACCACGGCCACCAUGACCACGAAGGUCAUAAGGGUCAUCAUCAUCACCACCAUGGUGAUGAGGGUCACCAUGGCAAGCAUCACCAUGGGGAGCAUCAUCAUGAACACGAUGGUGGUCACAAGAAGCAUUGGGAUGAACACGACGCCCAUGGCGAGCACCAUGAACAUGGACAUCAUCAUAAAGGUGGUGACCACGCCCACCACGAGCAUUUCGACCGCGGCCACCAUUUAGACGGCUUCCACAAAAAGUACCACAAAGACCACUUCAACAAGGACACCGACUUCUACGACAAACACCACGCCGAAGGUCGCCACCAUAAAUACGGUGACCACCACGGCCACCAUCACAACGACGAGGGUCACCACAAAGACGGCCACCGCCAUCACUCCGGACAUCACGAAGGUCAUCACGGUCAUCACGGGCAUCACGACAAGGGUCACCACGAUGAUGGUCACCACGAACAUCAUGGUCAUCACGGUCAUGACGAGCAUCAUCAUGGUCAUCACGAUCACGGCAAAAAGGGUCAUCACGACCACCACAAAGGAUGGGGUCAUCACGAGAAACAUUGAAAACGUUAAACAGUUUGUUGAUUUUGUUGAUUGUAAUUUGUUGUUGAUGGUUUUUUUACUUUGUUACUGUGAUUAUAACGAUUAAGACGAUUUAAAUUGUUGUUUGAUUAGAUCCCUAUGGUAUUUAUAUGGU